CUUUCCUGUUCGUAUAUAGCUUUGAAAUUGUGCUCAAAAAUUGUGAAGAAUAUGUAACUCAAAUGUAAAACAAAUCGAAUACAUUUUUUUUGUUAAGCUCCCAAGCAUUGGGAACUUGAAGCGUUUCGAAAAAUCGGCAUCAAGGGAAGUGCGUGCAGAUUGUGAUAUCAUAAGGCACACGUAUAUAUAUAUAAGGAUUUCGGGUCCUUAAUACACUUGUAUAUUUAUAUAUAUUCGGGAGCUGCAAGCAAUAAGAAUUUAGGAAGAAUGCGCAACGAUAGCGAAGGGAUUGAUGUAGGCACAACCACCGAGGUGGACGAACCUUCCGAGGCAGCGGGGGGCGUUGUGUCCGAAGAGGACGAGGCCUGCGUCCUGCCCAGCGGCAGUCGCACUCUGGACAAACGCCUAAACCCAGAGGCGCCCGACUUUGUGCCCGGCGUGACAAAUCGCUUGCUUGCCGCCAAAAUAGUCGAUGAAUUGGUGGGCUAUACACGCUGGAGCAAUGCCGCAGGCGAGGACAUAUCGUACGGGGCGCGUUAUGAUGGAAUCUGGAGCGAGAGCUGCAUUCAGUCCCAGACGGAGGCGCAACUGGAUCUGGCUGCCAGCGCCGGGCAUGAUGUCACAGGCAUGCAACAGCUGCCCAAUAUCAUCGAGACUGUGGGCGACCUGGACCGGCAGCCAUCGAUGAAGAAGAAGCGAUCCAAGAGCCACAAUCAAUACGAAGUCGAGCCAGGUGCCGAAACUACACCGACUGGUCGCUGCUGUGCCUGCGAAAUCAUGUAGUUGUCCUUGUGUUCCUUUUAUCUAUAAUAGUUAUACUUAUUAAAGCAUUGUCUCACUAUAUUUAAGAGAAUAAACGCCUAACUGACACGCCCACCCGA